AAUAUCGAACAUACACUCUAUCGACUUGAUUCUACUUACCGUUAGAUGUCAGAGUUAUCACUUGUAAAAGAAUUGUAAAAAGCAGUUAUACUUCUGUACUUUUAAAAACAAUUAUAGUGAUUAAAAAUGUCCAAAAUUGUAGGAGAAGUAUCAACAUUAAUCAAACUUGGAGUAACAAAAUCUGGACCUGCUUUAAGAAAAUUUAUAUAUUAUGCAAAGGUUGAAUUAGUUCCACCAAAAAUAUCUGAUAUUCCUGCUAUAAGAAAUGGUUUUCAAAAUCUGAUUAUUUCUGCCAAAGAGAAACGAUUUCUUCAACUUACUGUACGCGAAGCUUGGCUAAAUACAUUAGUUGGAAUUGAAGUCCUAUGUUGGUUUUUUGUUGGAGAAUGUAUUGGAAAACGACAUCUUGCAGGAUAUAAAGUAUAAAAAUGUGUUUUUAUUUACAUGAAUAUAAUCUGUAUAAUAGUCAAAUAAAUAUAUAAAUAUAAA